GGGCAUCGAGUGACCAAUGUUUCCCAAACGGGUUUAGGGUUUAAGGCAGUUGGGGUUAUUUUCCGCCCUGUGUUGCCCGUUUAUAUUAUUUAUCCGUCAACUUUUCUCUGCCGACAGCCGCCGUCAUGUCCAACAACAAUGCCAGCAACAACUUAAUUGUCGCUCAAAGGGCCGUGAAGCAGCUCCGGUUAGAGGCCAGUGUCCGGAGGAUAAAGGUGUCCGUGGCUGCUGCUGAGCUGAGAAACUUCUGUCUGCAAAAUGCCUCCAAGGACCCUCUCCUGGUCGGGGUCCCCUCUAGUGAUAAUCCCUUCAGACCCCCUAAGUCCUGCUCCCUGUUCUGAGGUAGGUCUGCUCGUCCCUCCACUGAGGCUGCAGGAUGCAGAGAGAACGGUGGUUGAGAAUUUCUGAAUUUAUCCGUCGAAGGCUUUCUUCACUUGUACUUGAUGUCGCUGUGUCCUCAACCAGCAGCUCUUCCUGGGAUGAUGCAACGUGGGACUGAUUGGUUCGGGGGAGGGAACUUUUCCACUUGUUUGCCAAAACUAAUGGUAUCAUAACUCCCAUCUGUUACAUUAAAGCAGGGCCAAACUCUA